AUGCAAAGAGCCUUGCCGUCUAGACCCAAUCGCCCAGAAUCGACUCGAAUCGUUUUCAAGCUCUCGGCGCAAAGACCGCAGACAAGGCUUCGGCAAUAUUCCCAGCAUUCGUCUGCCCUAGUUCGCCCAUCUACUACUCCAGCAACAAAUAGCUAUGAUCGGAAUCCAUGGCGAGCACUCUCUGCUGGGAAACCAAGUUCCUUGCUGCAGCCAUCAAAAUGGAGAGAAUACGGGAGUCUAGGGCAGGUGAGACAGCAACAUGAGGCAUCGUUAAAUCUCCUGUCGUCGAACGAAUCCCUUGCGGCAAGAAUCAACAAGACUCUUCAAGAUACAGAGGCCGAUAUUCAGCCCUACGAUGCAGCCACUUGGGAAGCUGUAUGUGGCGUGCUGUCUGAUAUGUAUGGCCCUGAUGGCGUCUGGGCCGUUUUCCAGUCUAUUUGGCAGGGAGGAAAACAUGAAAUUAUUACGUUCAACGAUGCCGAAGCCCUACGCUGCAAAAUCUUGUCAGCCGCGUUGAGCUCUGAACCACGUCUGUCUAUGCUUUUUACUGCGGCUCGACAACUUGUAGCCCAGGAGAAUUUCCAAUGGCCUGGGCUCUACACGAAAAUUGUUCACUUCUUCCUGGAACGUGGCGACUAUGAAAAGGUGAUUCGCUGGGAUGAAUCGCUGGCCCCCAUCUUUCCAGUUGGAGCGGAUGAAUUCGGAGCUUUAUUAGCAACCUUUGUUGUUAAACCGACUCCUGAGAUGCAGAGCACUUUGACGGCGCUUUAUGUCUCCGGCGCCAAUCGCCAGCUAUACGAUCAUGUGAUACCGGCUCUCUUCGCUUCCGGCCAAUCCAAAUUGGCCCGUACAUGGCGAAAAAAGCUUGUUUUGUUUAAAGAUCUUCCAUUGACGUCAAAGUCUCGUCCGUUUCUGCUUUUUCUUGCCAACUACUAUCCCCAUAUACAGCUCACAGAGAGUGAGCUAGCUGUUGCUGAGCUCGACCGUGAGGAGCUAGUAGCUGAAGCUGAGGACGAUGAAUCAUUCUUCGAAGUUGAUAGAAAAGGGGUCGACAGGAAGGGAACUCAUAGCGAUGCUUUCAUCGCAAAAUGGUUUGCCAGCACCUGGACAUCCCUGGAGUUUGCAAUCAACCUCAUAUAUAAGCUCGGUGUACGCACUAUUGGCCCACGCGCGCUACAGUCUCUUGCGCUACGAGACCCAGAUGCUAAGGAGGUUGCAGCUCGUAUAGCUCAGGUGGAGAGACUGGGGAUCAGAAUCUCAUCCCAAUCAUACUGCAGGAUUCUAAUUGCAUUUGCCAGGAAUAGUGAAGACGAUCUACUGAUUGACUUACUUCACUGCGACAUCCACCCCGAUGAAUUUGAUGAUAUGGAAACUCGGCAUUCUCUCAUGGCUGAGGCGGCUAGGACAGGGGAUUGGAAGAUGGAGCGACUUCUUCAAGGCAUCGAGUGGGCUAUUGAAACUGGACCAACGUCCCGACGCCUCAACUCCCUGCUCAGGAGCGAGCUUUCUAAGCGAAGCUUAGGCAAGGCGAGGGAGGUACUCGACCGUAUGGAAGCACUGAAAAUCAGCAUGGCCCAAGCUAGUGCGACUGGGCUCCUUAAGCGGGUGUUUUGGAAGCUUGACUCUCACCCUCAACGAUCCCAACGAUCCCAACGAUCAUCGCAUAAAGAUGCUGGAUCGGGCGACUUCGAUGACCCCUUUUUGGACAGAGCCUUGAAUGUCAUCCGCCGCAUUUCGUGCCACGACGUUGCCAUCCCUAUCCGAUAUUGGAAGACACUCCUCUACAAACUAGGACGCUCAAGACGUCUUGACGAGCUGGAACAACUGAGCUUGGAAAUCAUGCAAUUCUACACCCCCCCUUACGGAGGGUUAGUACCAGUGCAUCGGGAGGAUUUACCGAGGCACUUCAAUACCGAAGAAAGAGAAUCUAUACCAGCAGAUUUACCAUUCGUACAUCACCAUCAUCCGAUCCGACUGCUCUUCGAUCCUUCGCUGCAGCGCUCCAUAGUAAGAUGGGGAUUUGACCAGACGCUGGCAACCAAACCCCAACUGCCGACAACUCUAACAUCUCUGCAAACGCCGAGCUUUUCACAAUUUGAUGUUGCUCGUGGGGUCCGCCUGCUAGCUACACUACGAGACCAGGGAGCUUUGAUAGACACGCAGGUGGUUCGAUCAAGCAUCAUCUCUCGUAUCGCCACCGGGAUGGUUCCUGGACGGCCUAGACACCGAGCAAGAGACAGUAUCGAGUUCUCUGUAGAGAAUCUGAUGGAUCUUAUUGAAAAGGCAUGGGGCUCAGAGAUGUUUCCAGACGCGCCAAAAGUUGUUCGAGAAAUAGAAGCGCGAAAGUCAAAGCUGUGGCACCAAUAUCCAAGAUUGAUCGAUAGGACUUUCAAUAAAGAUUCCACAUGA